AAGAGAACAUCUUCCUUACCUUAAAGUACAUGAUGAAUUCUCGAGAGGAGAGUGGACCACAAGCUUCCAAGAUUGUUUGGUGCUCUGCGAAUGUCUGGAAUGAAAGUACUUUUGUUCGCUAUCAUCUCAACCGUCUGCAACUGCGCGGUUUUGCAGGAUUCAACUCGAAUGGUUUUAAAUGAAGAGGAUUUGCAAGAAUCUACGAACCCAUCAAUUCCAUACAACUUCGAAUACGACUCUCGUGAUCAGAAUGGAACUCUGCUGUUCAGAAAAGAAUCCAAGGAUGGAUCUGGAAAAGUGGAAGGUCGCUAUGGUUACAAGGACAUGCAUGGAAUCGAAAGAAUUGUAGAAUAUGUAGCCGAUAAGGACGGGUACAGAGCAAAGAUAAGAACAAAUGAACCUGGAAUCGACAGAACAAACUCCGCCGGAGUCGAAUUCUACGCCGAUACUUCCAACCAGCACGUACAAAUUGCAAAGAAGAAUGGAGAAAAUGUGGCUGCUAUCAGGUAUUCACCAGACGUUACUGCUGAAGAAAAGAAGAACUUGGUUGCUGAAAAAGUAAAUGCCGAAAUUGCCAACCAAUAUUCCGAAGUUUUGUCCCAUCCAUCUUCACUUAGAAGUCAGCACCAUCUUUUCCCUCAACGACAAAGUGAUAUCCUUCGAUUGAAUAAGAAUGUCCAACUGAAUUCCGUCCAGCUUAACCAACCAAGAGAAAUUCCCACUACACCAUCUUCUGAAUACAUUUCUACACCUCAACAACUCCAUUACUCCCAGCAGUUUUCAGCAGUCACAGAUGGUAGACAGCAGUUUGAGGUCCUCAAUGCUCAAGCUCCAGCAACUCAGUAUGUGUCUUCACAAGCUCAGCCACAAUUAAUACCUGCUAAUCAUCAGGUAGUUGCCAUCCCUCUUGACCAGUUUUACAUACCUCAAAACCAGCAACCUGUUGCUCUGCAAAAUGGAGCAGUAUCUUCAACAACUCAGGUUCAAACCCUUGCUCCUCAAGUCAUCCCUUCACAGCCAUACUAUUCUUUAGAAAGCCAACCCCAACAGGGUAGUUGGCAAGUUCCUUCAAGUUACGCACAAGCAUCCCCUAAGGGUACGGAAUAUACUCCUCUGGGAAGGCAAAUCUCAGGGCUUUCAAAAUAUUUUCAGUAAAAUUUUUAAUUGAGAAAAAAAAGCAUGCUUCUAGAAAUUGAAUACUUUGUCCUAAUAUAUUUGGAUGAAUUCGAAAGUUUGUUUGUUGUAUGUUGAAAAUGUCUGUUGUAA